CCGUGACGUCACCCCUCCACCGUAGAAGAAGAAUCUCUUCUCUCCUCGUUUCUGCUGAAACUGAGUUUAAACUGAGUUUACAGCAGUUUGUGAGGAAUAAUUAACUACAUUUACAUCCAGGUCGUGGUAUAUCGACUCCUUUAACCCUCUGGCUCUGUGUCCGGCCCGGUCCGGCUCGGUUCGGCCCAGUUAUGGCUCAUCUGACCCAAAACCCCGCUGAUAAAGAGAGGUUCAUCUGCAUUUAUCCCGUCUACAUCAACAGUAAGAAAACUCUGGCUGAAGGAAGAAGAAUCCCCUCAGAGAAGGCGGUGGAGAAUCCGUCGUGUGCUGAGAUCAGAGAUGUGUUGACGGCUGCAGGAAUGAACGUCUACGUGGAGAACAAGCUCCACCCCCGUGAGUGGAACCGGGACGUCCAGUUCAGAGGACGAGUUAGAGUCCAGAUGAAGACGGAGGACGGAGAGUUCUGUCAGGACAAGUUCAGCUGCAGGAAACUAGUGAUGGCCUACGUGGCAGAGAUGAUUCCCAAACUGAAGACCAGAACCCAGAAGAGCGGAGGAGGAGAGAGCAGCUCCCAGCAGGGGGAGGGAGGGAAGAAGAGCAAGAAGAAGAAGAAGUAGAAGAGGAGGAGAAGGAGAAGAAGGGCAUUGUUGGACCGUUUGGAAGGUUCCGGAUCUUCACCAGGACUGAGACGAUCAGGAGCUGCUGCUCCACGCCGGCUCUACUUCCUGUUUACCUUCCUGCUUCCUCCCUACUUCCUGUUUCCUCCCUGUUUCCUCCCUACUUCCUGUUUCCUCCCUACUUCCUGUUUCCUCCCUACUUCCUGUUUCCUCCCUACUUCCUGUUUCCUCCCCACUUCCUGUUUCCUCCCCGUCUCCUUCAUUAAAGCGUCCGUCUGUCACCGUG